UUAUGUAUGCAAAGAAAACGUCUUGUUCAUUAAUAUCUCGGAAAUAUACCGCCAUAGUUAGGGCAGUCAAGCCAACUCUCGCACCAUGGCUACACAAAGUGAUGAUCAUCAACUACUAGAAAAUGCAUGGGCAAGCUUCAUAGGAGUUGAAGCAGACAAACAAACAAGCAUUUAUAACGAGGUUCCAAAACCAUGGGAGGAACUGCCAAAUCUUGACGAGUCAGCAACAAUUCUCGAAAGGCUACCGAGUUUAGGCCGGUGGAUAUCAAUAGGAGCCGAAACCUGGGAACAACUUCUCGCAGGAAUAGACAUGAACACAAACAUGAACACCCCUACAAGUAAUAUUAAUAAUAACAAUAACUCAUCAUCAGAAAUUUGCAGAAACUCGAAUAAAUCGAGUAAUGGCGAAAAUAAUAAGAAUUUAUCGGGUACAAGUCGACGUUACAGAGGAGUAAGACGAAGGCCGUGGGGUAAAUAUGCAGCUGAGAUAAGGGACUCGUCAAGAAAAGGAGCUAGGGUUUGGCUUGGAACUUUUACUACAGCUGAAGAAGCAGCUUUAGCUUAUGACAAAGCUGCCUUAAGAAUCAGAGGCUCUAAGGCUCAUCUCAAUUUUUCAGUUGAGACCGUUACUAAGGCUAUGGGAAUUGAGAACAGUUCUUCAUCAUCAACUAAUGUUCGGCAUAGAAAAAGGGCGUGUGUUGAAGAAAAUGAUGAGAUUAUGGAAGAGCCUGCAUUAAAAAGAUUGGCUAGUGGGGAUGAUACGACGUCGUUUGGGAGUUGUGAUGACGUGUUUGAUGUGCUGGAACUCCAGGAUCUUGGGAGUGAUUACUUGGACAGUUUGUUGUCUUCUUUAUGAUUUGCGAUUGAUAAUUAAACUGGAGGAACAUUUCCAUCUGAGAAAAAUGGACAAUUGACAUGUAGGUAU